AUGGCCCCCCUCCAUCCCGAAAUCACCUGGGCUCAGCGCUCCUCAGAGUCCGAGCCUGAGAAGAACGUCAUCUACUUUACCAUCAACACCCCCGACAUUCAAGGCGAGCCCAAGUUUGACAUCAAACCCACCGAGAUCUCUUUCAGCGCCAAGGCUGGCGACGCCUCCAAGGGUAUCCCCGAGAAAGAGUUUGCUUUCGACCUCCAGCUCUGGGACGAGAUUAUCCCCGAGGAAACCAAGAAGCUCAUCACUUCUCGAGCCGUCGUCCUUACCCUCAGAAAAAAGGAAAACAAGGCCGAGUACUGGACUCGACUGACCAAGGAGAAGCCCAACAGGAACUGGAUCAAGACCGACUUUUCCAAGUGGGUCGACGAGGAUGAGCAGGACGAGGCCGAGGAGCCUAGCGGACUCGAAGGCUCCCAGGGAAUGGGUGGACCUCCUGGUAUGGGCGGCCCCCCUGGUGCGGGCGGUAUGGACUUUGCUUCGAUGAUGCAGGGUAUGGGCGGUGGUGGUGGCGGUGGUAUGCCCGAUUUGGCUUCCAUGAUGGGCGGAGCUGGUGGAGCUGGCGGACCCGGUGGCAUGGACUUUUCCAAGCUCAUGGAGCAGAUGGGUGGAGCUGGUGGCGGUGCCGGCGCGCCCGACCUCAACUUUGGCGACGACGACGACGACAUUGACGACUCUGAAGAGCCCACCGACGCCAAGAAGGGCGAUGCUUCCGGUGUUGAGAGCCUUGACGACGUUGAGUAA